GCCAGCUCGGAGCCGAGAGACGUCUCUACUUGCACCCAAUUAGCGGUCUAACAGACGCGGAGGAAUGGAGGACGAGGCGAAGAAGAAUGACGCCAACGAAACUGAGGAAAGAGAUGACUGCGACGAGAAUGGUGACGUUCCUUUCCCAACCACGACAAAGAACGCGUUGAUCACGACUCAGCUAGGACCCUGCGACUCCUACCCCCAUCGCGUCAAAGUAUCGAUCAUAGGCAUAGGGAAGAUUGGAAUAGCUUGCGCCCUAGCGAUCGUAAUGAAAAGGUUGGCGAGCGAGGUCUGCCUGAUCGACCACGACGCGAACAAGGCUUCCGCCGAGGCCGAGGACAUUCAACACGUCGGCGUUUUUUUGGGAAGUCCCCUGGUAACCGGCACGUCAGAUUUCAGUAUGGUGAAAGAGUCAGCCGUGGUGAUAAUCACCACGUGUGGAACGGAACCAGGGGAGACGCCCAACGUGAAGCACAAUUUGAAGGUAUUCAAGAAAAUCAUACCAGGCGUAGCGAGGUUCGCUUGUAAAUCUGUCCUCCUGAUCGUCACCCAACCGAACGACGUGAUGUCCUACAUCGCGUGGAAACUAUCUGGAUUCCCGUCUAAUCGUGUCCUAGGCACCGGGACCAUGAUCGAUUGCGCCAGGUUCCAGGAUCUCGUGAGCAGGAGAUUAAACGUGGCGCGGAGCUCUGUUAGCUGCAUGACGGUUGGCGCGCAAGGAGACAUGGCUGUCCCCAUAUGGUCAAGCGUCAACGUGGGAGGUAUGAAGCUUCGCGACAUAAAUCAGAGGUUAGGAGAGCAGGACGACCCCGAGAAGUGGUACGAAAUCGCAGAGAACGUGAAGGCCAUUGGGCCGGAGCUCGAACAGAAAAAGGGAUCCUGUUGCUGGGGUAUCGCUAUUUCCACGACUGAGAUCGUUGACGCCAUCGUGAGGAACACGAAAGUUGUGCUUCCAGCAUCGACGCAUAUACUCAGUUGUGCCCACGGUACAGACAAGGACGUGUACAUGUCGGUGCCCUGCGUGCUGGGCAGAGAGGGUGUGUACUGCACCGUGCGACAGAAGCUGACCGAGGAGGAGAAGACAGCGGUGCAGACGUGCGCCGACAAGAUUCGAGGCGCGUUGCGAGAAUGCGGCAUCCUACAAGAGUCGACGGACGACGUCGAGCAGUGAAAGAGAGGAAGAGAAGGGUAGAUAAGAGCGAGAAAGAGAAUCGUGCUACCGGAAAUUGCAACGCAAGACAGAGGGAAAGGAAGCAACGUUUUAGAGGCGUCUUCAUCAAUAACGAGCUCACGCACCUGGCGACCGGUUUUCCAUGCGGGUACUUGCGAUCCGCGUAAUAAAUGACAGCGGCAGCAAUUGACUUCCUAGAAAACUAUCGCGUCCACCGAGAUCGCAAAUCAUCGGAUGUGUACUUUGUGCCGUAUUAACACGUUGACUGCCACGUCGUUUAUAUAUGGCCGAUGCAUAAAUUUAUACACCGGUACCAUUCGUUUCUUUCUCGCUUAAUUAUAACUAAUCUUAUCAAGCAAUUAAGUGCAUGAAGAAGUAACAGUCGUCUUAUUUGAAUCUUAUUCUGUAUGGUUUUAUAGAGCAUUUUCUCAGUGAACAAUUCCCAGGAAAAAUCGUGAAAGUUAUACACGUAAUCUAUAUUUCCGGCAUUUGAACGAUAAGUAAUUCUAGCGUACAAAUCCUAUAAUUUAGUUUAUAUCGAUGUAGCAAAAUGGGGAAAGUCUAGUGACGUAAUUUGUGGUCAAGCUGUUCCGCAAAGUGUCUGUUACUCGUCUGGCAAGUACAGGAAGGAAAUACGGAAGAUGUUAGGAAUUUAAUAUUUGUAGCUGAGCCCCUGCCGGGUGUAUUGACCCCUCUCGUAUGUCGGAGGCAAAAAACUCUUCUCGUGCGACUGGGAGGAAAUUGAAAUUCGUGCAAUACAACGUACUCCAGCUGUGUCGAUUCAACAGCUGUUCAUCGUUUUCGCCCCUGUGUACCGACCAAUAUGUUUCAGACUAAUCAUAUCUACAUGCUAUCGAUUUACGAACAGACAACUUCAAGUUCGAAAAAUCGACAAUCAAAGUCUGACAUAUUUUGCAUGACAGUUCGAUCUGAUGGAGACGAAAUUUUCAGAGUGCUCGAACUUUUAAAUAUUCUUGCUUUUUAUGUUUGUUUCGUUCGAAUCGGGAGGAGACACCGUGAAUAUUGGAGUCGUGGA